AUGGCUGAGCAACAGAGUUCUAGGGACCCUAAUGCCUCAUCGUCAUCAUCAUCUACAAGUCGUAAGAGAGGGCGCACAAGAGGCCUUUCCAUCAAUUCAAGGACUGGCUCUAAUAAGAAAGAUUUGGAAUUAGAUAAGCAUGACAUUGUAGUUGGCGCUAAUGCAGCUGAGGCAUCCACAUACUCUGGACUACUUGCUAGGAUGCCAACCCUGCUACCAUUAAACUAUCCUGACUGGAGAAAGGUUCCGAAUCAUCAUAAAGAAGAUGCGUGGAAGAAAAUUGAGGAAAAAUUUAAUGUUUCGAAAGAUGCCCAACGUGUUAUUUUCAUGAGAAUGAGCCACUCAUGGCGGGAUUUCAAGGCAGCUCUGAAAAAAGAGACAGAGAUAAAAUAUCCUAAUUUUUAUAAUGCUCCCCGCCCUACUGAUCCCGUAGACACUCCAGCUGAUCAAUGGGCAUACCUCAUAGGGAAGUGGACAUCUGAGAACUGGCAGUAUGACACAUAUUUUAAUGAUGGGAGAGAGAACCAACAAGUGUCUCAUACAACUGGCCGGAAGAGUUUCGCACAGGUAGCACACGAGAUGCGGCUUGAACACCCUGAUGGUGCAGAUCCUACCAGAGUGCAGGUGUUUAAGAAAACCCACCAAAGGAGAGAUGGCAGUUACAUAAAUCAGGCGACAAGAGAUAUCAUAGAUAAGUUUGAAGAGAAAUUGGAAGAACUACCCCCAGAAAUGAGAGAGACGAGUGUUGUCCAAAACGAUCUUUUUGUGGAAGCAUUUGGCGUUGAUCCUCCAGGCCGAGUGCGCGGUGCAGGCCUAGGCGUAAAGCCGAGUACUCUUGGCCUUACACAAAGAAAUAUUGAGGAGAGACGGGAGAAAGAAGAAAGACAAAGAGAAUUUGCAAUGAUGAAGGAAGAAAUUGCUGAUUUGAAACGUGUUGUAGCUGAUCUAUCCCAAAUACUUCGGGGUAGAAGUAGUUCGGAAAGUUCAACUCACUUAUGUAAGUAA